AUGCCACGAAGGAGCCCAGAGAAAGAGCAAGGGGAAUCUUCGAUUGAUAUUGGAGAGUCAUCGAGUCAAGGUGGAGAUGAACCACCCGAUUUGAAUCAGAUGUUGGUCGAGAUCCAACGUAAAGUGAUAACGAGAUAUCAGAAAUUGCAACGUACAGCUUUGACUGAAGCUGGGAAGGAAACCAAGGGUAUUAAAGAAGAAUAUCAACUUGUGAAAGAUACCACUCAUAAGAAGGCAUUGAACGAUAUUCAUAAUCGAUUAUCUCAAGCAAUCAACCAACUCGAGACCACCUCAACUGAAUUAUACGAGAAAUUAUCAAAACUCGAAGAAGAGGUUCAAAAGGUGGUUAGAGGUGAGAUUGAAAGUUGGAAAGAAUCGAAUGAAGAGUGUAUGAAAGUUUUUGAGGGAUGUGAGAAGGUUUUGGAGAAGAGUGUGAAAGGUGAGAAAGAAAGUUACGAUAUUCUCAAUUCAGCCAUCGCAUCUUUAGACAAAGACAAAAAGCAAGAGUAG